AAUGCAGCUAGAUUGUGCUUGAAACAUUUUGACGACAGUUGUUUUUUUCAUCCUCCAAGUGUUAUGGCUAGUGUUGGAAUGGAGUUAAAGCUCAAGCUCAAAGCUGGUGCAAUUCCAACGAUAUUUCCGGAAACAGAGGCAUACAAAGCUUCAAAGAAAGCUCCACUAAAUCCCAACGACCUUGGACCAGGGAAGCACAACCGAGCGAAGUAUGGCGCCUAUUCUAAAAGGAACCAGAAACCGGACCCAUAUUCAUCAUGUGUCGAAGAGCCAGAUGUCUGUGAAGAAAUGUCUUGUGAACAGUCGCCUGUUCGGAUCAGUGAUCCUGAAUCACAUUUUGAUAAUGUGUAUUCGCAGUCAUCACAGACAUCUGAGACGGUUGUAUUUCGGCCAACAGAACAUAAGGGAUUCACUGUCAAACCACAGGGAAAGGACAAAAGUGUUGGGGCCAUGCCAGUGAUGUCAGAUGUGGGGACAGACCCUACCUGUUUUGAGUCGGAGUCAUCAGAUGCUGAAGAUGAUGAGAUGAAUGAUGCAUAUGUUGCUGAUGACGCUGAUGAUGAUCCUGACUGGGAGCCAGAAGACGAUUCCGAUGAGGAAUAUGAAUCAGGCGAUGAAGAAAACGUUUGGGUAGACUGCAGUGAGCAGACUGACAGGCCAUACUUAGUGUAUGAAAGCUGUCUGCUGCCACUACUGUUGAUGUGCUCUGUGUGUGGCGACAGAUGCACCAUCACCAAGAAGUCGACCAGAGGAGGCCAGCUAAGAGUGACAACUAUAUGUGGCACUGGACAUUGGAGAACAUGGGACAGUUCACCCAACAUAUGUGGAACACCACUAAUAAACCUGGUAGUGGCAGGGGCCAUGUUUUUUAGUGGUGUCUGCCUGAGGAAAUUCGUGAACUGUUUAAGUUUUAUAAAAGUUCCCAUUCUGUCAUACAGGACGUAUAUGCGUCUUCAAUCCAUUUACAUAUUGCCAGCGGUUGACAAUGUGUGGAAAAAGACUCAAGCACGCCUUUUUGAGAUGCGCACUGGUAAAUCGCUACGGCUGGGAGGGGACGCUCGGUGUUGCUCACCUGGACACACGGCAAAGUAUGGCUCGUACACUCUCAUGGAUCUUGAGACUAACCAUGUCCUGGAUGUACAGCUUGUACAGUCAACUUGUACUAUAUGUAGUGAGGGAAACGGUGACUUGGUUGUUGCAAAGUGGCUUUCAAUUGGGAACCAUGUUGUGAAUCGUCAUGAUGGCCAUGGUGACUUGUUUCCCAGAUGUCUUCAUGGACCGAUAGACAGAAGCAAAAAAUGGAUAAAGGCUGGUUCAAAGGCCCAUAAAGAGCUCCUCUUAAUAACGGAACGAAAGCGUUUCGUGGCAGAUAUUCGGAUGCUGUCACCCACUGAGCAGACAUCAGCCUUGGAGGCGCAGCACAAGGUGGUGUGUCAGUUUGCCCCAAAGUUCCUCAGCUUCUCCUAUGCAGCAAUGAAACAAAGACUACAUCUUGCUGCUUUGCAUUCUGUGGCAAAUGCAAACCGCAAGCAGGCUGAGACCAGACAGGGGGAAAAAAGGUACAGACUCUCCUAUCCUAAGUACAAGGCUGGACAUCAUGUGGUUAAAGCAGUUAAAGAGAAUUGCACUUAUGACUAUGUUGAUGAACUAAUGGCAGAGCUGCUUAGGAUGAAAGAGGAGUACAAGAGCGAUGCCAAUGCAAGGGCUGCCUCUGGCAACAUUCUGUUUUCACCGCCACCCCUGUCUUCAUCUGCAAACAGAAUCCUGAAGUCAGAGGCUGUGCAGAACCAUCGUUCGCGAUUUAAUUAGCGAACAGGGAUGGAAAUUAGUGGUUGCCCGUUUUGUUGUUGUUAUCUAUUACUUUUAAAGAAAGUAUUGGUUACACAUGACACUACAUGAACAUAGUACUGGGCGCGUUAAGGCUUACGAUGGGAAACCAAAAAACCAUAGAUGGUUGUCCAUGUGGGCAACCAACUGUAAAACGUUAGUUUCCAUCCCUGGCGAAGCAAAAUCCAAUGUAUGAGUCGGACGGAAAUCUCUGGCGAAUGGCUGCCACAGCGCAUGACGGAAGAGGUCGUCGGUCCUUCUUGCUCAGACGGUGCCAUAUCCAACGAGCCAGUCUUCUAUAUGAAAUGUAUCUGUAUACUCUGAAGUUAUAAAUGUAUAAGGAUACCAUUAUGAUAAAUAUUAGUAUGUUUAUUAAAACAAAGGUACUUUUCAACUUGACAAUUACACAAGCCAUGCUGUAGCAGAUUCUUACUUAAGUUUACAGUUUAACAAACUUACUCAGCUUGAAUAUAAUGGUAUAUAAUAUAUAUUUUACUGAAAUUAUGUCAGAAAUCAGAUUUUUUUAGCAACUUCACAUCAUGUUGUAGCAGGUUGUUAUUGUAGUGUUCUUUUGAAAAAAUUAAACAGCUUGUAUUUAUAUUUUUAGUUCAAAUGUUGAAAAAUAAUAAUGAACUGGCAUUUGUAAGUAACCAAAAAUCAUUGUGUAGCAAAUUGAUACUUCAUUUUACAAUUAGAUAACCCAGUCAUCUUGUAUA